AUGAAUUGACUUUUCAAAAUUAAAUAUUUAUGUUUUUAUUUUAAAUAAUCCCAAAUAAGGUUAAAAGAUAAAGCACAAAAAAUGGAAAUACGUUUGUAAAAUUUGUGUUACAAAAGUGUAGUAUCUAAUAUACCAGAGAUCUUAAAAUUAAGAGAAAGGUAAGUAAUCUGAUAAAACCCAGCAAGUGAUACUAGAAGGCAGCUUUUCAAAAGAUAUUAAAAUGACUGAUAAAGCAAGAGAUAUCCAGUCUUGGUAGUACUCUAAGGAGUGGAAAUUAAAACAUGCACACAAUCACCCACAGGAAGCCCCUACACCUCUCCCACAGAUACAAACAAGACACAUACACCCUCCAAAAACACAGACACACAGUGUACCCCACAGACCCCCACAUACACAGAGAGAUACACCCUCACAGGCCACCUCUCACCCCCUAGACAUACCUUCUCCUGUGCUCUCUGUGGCUCAAAUGACCAGUGUUGGCCAAGAGUGCUGUCUUGAAUACCUGCAAGGAACCAUUCCUGCCAGAAAGCUUAUGCCUUGGUAUAGGACCUCAGUGGAGUGUCCCUGGGACGUCAUUGUGUAAGUCUCCCCUCCCCCAGGAGCCUGGGGGCUGAGCAUGGGUGGGGGCAGACCCUAGGGCCCUCAGAACACAGAGGAAAGAGCAGGGCCCUUCUUCCUGCUCCCAUCUGGCCCUGCUCCUUUGGGCAGUUCCAGACCACACACAGACCCAGAAGUGCCCCAGGUUAUGGGGUCCAAGUCUUUCAUUAUAGAAAAAUUGAGGGCCAGAGAUGGAUGGCACUGCUCCCUGGUCACAAGCAAACCAGUGGCCGAUGUCCCUUAGGCCAGAGGAGGGGCCAGAAGGCCAUGGCUCACCCCAAUUCUCCUGUUUCAUGAACAGCCUCUAGAUGGUCUCUGGAUGUGGCAGUCGGGAGGUGGGGACAGGAAGUCCUGCAGUUCCUGGCUCCCAGUAGGGUCAGGCAGUUUCUCUCCAGGGUCCAGCAGAUUCUCUGCUGUGCCAGGACUGAGGCAGGGACCCUAAGAGGGUUGAGAGUUUCUGAUGACAGAACCUGAUGUCCUAGAUCUGUGUCCAAUCUCCCAUGUGACCUUGGCCUCUCUGGGUCUCAGGCUCCUGGUCUGUUCAGGGUGGGGGCUGGUCUCAGGGCUCAGGGCCCUUCCCACCCAGGCAGUCCCUGAGGGUUUUUUCCCCUCUCUGUAGGUCUGUUACUGUCCUGUUCAGAUCCCAAAGACACGAGGGUGAAGAAGGCAGUUAGACACAUGCGAAGCUUCAUGAAGUCACAUGGCCCGUUGCCCAGGAGUCCUGAUAGCCUGUAGCCCUGGUGUUCACUACUCCAGCCCAGAGCUGUCUGGGUCCACCGGAGGCCUCAUGAGGACAGAGAGGAGCCACAGCACUGGUGACCCCUGUCUGCUCGCAACAGCACUUCUUUUAUGAACUGCAACCUUAAGCCUGGGAGGGGCAGGAUUAAAUGAAGUCUCUCCCUCAGUCCGGGUCAGCAUGUCGUGUCCCUGCAGUGCAGGGUGGCCUCCCAUCCUGGCCUGUCAUACCGGAAGGGCCCUCAGAGAACAUCUGGUCCUGCCCUGUCCAGGUCAGGAGGAGAAAUCGAGGCUCAGAGGAAAACAUGACUGCUGCAGGGCACCCAGCAGGUCAGGGGAGAGCCUGGUGAGAGAGGCCCAAGCAGGACAGGGCUGGGAGGGCCCAUGGGCUGGUGGAGGUGGCAAGAGGCUCAGCCCAGCUCCCCCUGGGCUGGUGGCCCUCUCCUGCUUGCCGUGGGCUGGGGGUUCUGAGAAGAGGCUUCUGGACUCCCCUCUGUCCUCUCUGCCUCUGAAGUCCCCACUCUUCCUCAGACCACAAUCCCACUCUGUCUGCCCUCUCUGCUGACAGGAACUGAGGACGCUCAUCCCCUUACACAGUCCACUCAUUUCAGCCGAACGUCUGCCGCUCCCUUCCACGGGCCAGGCUUCGCCAAGCGCUGGGGAACCGGAGAUGAGCAACCUCGGCCUGCCCCUCCGGGAGCUCCUGCUCCCCUUCCCCCAGCUCACAGGCCCCAUAGCACCGCAGACCACGUGGUUCUCAGCAAAUCCAGCACCUCCCAGGGCUCCAGCCCCAGGUCUCAGCCCGCUCUGGCGGCCCUGGGUCCUCCGCCCGCUCUGGCGGCCCUGGGUCCUCCGCCUGCUGGCCGGCUGCCAGGCCCAGCCUGCCCCUGCUCCAGCUCUCCCUCCCACUGCUCCCCAGCCCGGGCCCCAGCAGGCUGGCCCCCCGCGCCGGUGGCUCCAGUGAUCCUGAAGUGUGCCCCCCCCCCCACCAGCCACUGAAAUCCCACCCACGCUCAGCCCAAGCCCGGCCUCCAGGAAGCCCUCCCCGGCUGCGCGGCGCCUGUCUCGGCUGGCCUCCUCCAACGCGCCACUGUACGGGGAUCAGGACAAAUUGGGACCCCAGGAUCCGUUUGACGGGCUUCUAUCUCAAACCCUAGAACCGGGUGGCUCAGGCAUAUCCUCGAUCUCUGAACAUGAGUGGAGAGAAGGAAGAGGACUCCUUCGGUAUACUCAGAAUUUAUGAUGAACCAGAGGAGAGGAGGAAUGUGCCAGAAAGCUCUGGAAUUGCCUCUCUGCAUGAGCAUCCAGCACAGUCCCAGCUGUAUGGGGUGUAUGGUACGCCCCCGCCAUCCCUGGGCCCCCCGAUGCAGCACAGCCCGGUGUAUCAGGAGAUGAGCUCCAUGACUCCGCAGCAGUGGGCCCUCCAGACCCUGGACAGGUCUGAGCUCCAGGCCGGUUGGCUCUCUGAGGCGGAGCCAGGGGAAGAAGCCGAGUUCAGCCCCAGCGUCCUACCAGGAUCCGAGUUUGGCCAGCCUUGCUCUUCGCCGCCUCCCAGUGAAGAAGUCUUAUCAUUCCUCAGAGCAAUUCCUCCCAUUCCAGAUGAAGUGGUGGUCAGGCAGAGGACCCCACGUGAAUCCUGGAAGGUUGGCAGACUCCGCCACGGAAAGAAAGUCUAUGCCAUUGCCAUCGGCGGCUCAACUCACCACGUGUACACGUGUGGCCAGGGCUACAUCAAGGUGUGGGAUGCGAGUGCUCUGCAUGCGUGGGACAAGGCUCCUCAGGCCCAGCUGAACUUUCAGGACCAUCAGAACUGUGUCCUCACUUGCAAGCUGUUCCCCGAUGAGCAGAGCCUGAUCACCGGGGGUCUGUCCCGGACCCUGACUCUUUGGGAUCUGGCACCCACACCCCGCAUCCGGGCACAGCUGGCCUCCACAGGCCCCGUGUGCUAUUCCCUGGCCAUCUCCUCCAAUGCCCAGAUCUGCUUGGCUUGUUUCAAAGGAUUUGUUGAGAUCUGGGAUUUGCAGAACCAAAUCUUGAUCAGGAAGCACGAAGUCCCUGAAUAUGGGUCCCGAUGUGUGGACAUCGUCGGCAAUAAGUUCUGGACAGGAGGUGAAGACACCAGCCUGUAUUCCUGGGACCUGAGGAGCUACCAGAAGCUGCAGCAACACGAUUUACAGCAUGAGAUCCUCAGCAUCACUCACGACCCCAGUGAGGAAUGGAUGUUAGUGGGCUUGAGAACCAGUGACAUCAUAAUCCUACACUCGCACCGGAAGGAGAAGUUUAAGGCUGUCAUACAUAAAUACAUCCACCACCACAACCUCAAGUUCGCCUCCUGUGGGAGCUAUUUUGUGAGCACUCUGGACGAGUCGAUCCACUGCUUGGCCGCACCUUCUCUGCAAAGGUUGUUUCAGGUAGAGGAGUCUACAGAAAUCCUGUGUUGCGAUGUGUCCUCUGACAACCAGUAUCUGGUCACGGGCUCCAAGAACAGUGCCACAGUUUACAAGCUCUUGUAUUGAAGGCUGCGUGCCAUGGUCCUGCUGGUGAAGACCCAAAGAAGGCCAGCAUGGUGAGAGGAUGCCCAUGGGGUGCUGGACAGUUCCAACACCUCCCACAUGUCCACCUUAUCCUCGAUGGCUGGUCAUCUGUCGGUUCCGCCCCCCAACACACACACCCAGCCUGCCCUCCCAGGUUUUUAUUAUAUGGCUUAGGGAUUUUUCCUUUGUUAUUUUUCUCCACUGAUUUCUGGGUUUGGGUGGGGAAACUAGCCUUUAUAUUAAUAAAAUAGAAAAACGGAAACCAAAAUAGCCUA